AUGAGGCGAACUUCUAUCAUCGCGCUCUUCCUAGGGCUUAUCGCUGCCUUUUCUCCUGUCAGUGCUUCUGAAGCGAACACGUGCUUAGUCCGUGACAUCAAGCCAAACAGGAACCGUAUAUCGCUCGAUCUUCAAGAUGUCGCUAGCCAAGAAGUUUUCGACCUCGAGGAUGUCAAAUUUGACACUAUGACUGUCUUAUCCGUCACCCCCAAAGACGACUAUAAGCUGACUGUCGUCAAAAAUGGAUACGACACCAUAUUCGAGUGCCAAGACGUGGAUGAGGAUGAGAUAUACCUGGUUCUGAUAAGGGCUGACGAGGCUGAAUCCUUUGUCUUUGUCAACUCAACCUUCGGCAUCAGCUUCUUUGAGAAAGUCGGAGGCCAGUUUAGAGAGAUACAAAAGGUGGAGGAACUGCCUGAGUAUGUCAAGCCACUGCUCCCUUUCCAAACUCACCAAAAGAUAUUCGCGCCUCUAUGCGGAAGCAGGCCUCUCACGGAGUCUCUCAAUGAAUAUCUGAAUAAUAGGGAGGAAACUGAGGAUGAGAACGAUUUGUUUUACGAUUCGGAUGAUGAGGGCGAGUACGAGGUGUAUGAAGAGGAGGAGGAGUAUGUAGAAGGAUUCGAGGAGUUGAACCCUGGUUGCCGGGUUGCGCAGCAGGAUGAGCAAAUUGAUGAAGAAUCUGAAGAUGAGCACGAGGAACAUUAUUGUGAAGAGGAGGAUGAGGAAUCCGAGGAAGAAUGUGAAGGUGGAUAUGAAUCAUCUGAAGAGCAGGCAGACGAAGAGGCUAUGCACAAGUACGAGGAGGCCGUCGAGGAGUCUGUUGAGGAAUCCUUUGAGGAACCCGCUGAGGAGUCUGUAGUGGAAUCCUUCGAGGAACCCGCUGAGGAGUCUGUUGAGGAAUCCUUCGAGGAACCUGCUGAGGAGUCUGUAGUGGAAUCCUUCGAGGAACCUGCUGAGGAGUCUGUAGUGGAAUCCUUCGAGGAACCCGCUGAGGAGUCUGUAGUGGAAUCCUUCGAGGAACCCGCUGAGGAGUCUGUAGUGGAAUCCUUCGAGGAACCCGCUGAGGAGUCUGUUGAGGAAGCCGUCGAAGAGGCUGCUGAGGUGUCUGUAGUGGAAUCCUUCGAGGAACCCGCUGAGGAGUCUGUUGAUGAAUCCUUCGAGGAGCAGGCUGAGGAAGUCGCUGAGGAAUCCUUCGAGGAGCAGGCUGAGGAGUCUGUUGAGGAAGCCGUCGAAGAGGCUGCUGAGGAGUCUGUAGUGGAAUCCUUCGAGGAACCCGCUGAGGAGUCUGUUGAUGAAUCCUUCGAGGAGCAGGCUGAGGAAGUCGCUGAGGAAUCCUUCGAGGAGCAGGCUGAGGAGUCUGUUGAGGAAGCCGUCGAAGAGGCUGCUGAGGAGUCUGUUGAGGAAGCCGUCGAAGAGGCUGCUGAGGAGUCUGUAGUGGAAUCCUUCGAGGAACCCGCUGAGGAGUCUGUUGAUGAAUCCUUCGAGGAGCAGGCUGAGGAAGUCGCUGAGGAAUCCUUCGAGGAGCAGGCUGAGGAGUCUGUUGAGGAAGCCGUCGAAGAGGCUGCUGAGGAGUCUGUUGAGGAAGCCGUCGAAGAGGCUGCUGAGGAGUCUGUUGAGGAAGCCGUCGAAGAGGCUGCUGAGGAGUCUGUUGAGGAAGCCGUCGAAGAGGCUGCUGAGGAGUCUGUUGAGGAAGCCGUCGAAGAGGCUGCUGAGGAGUCUGUAGUGGAAUCCUUCGAGGAACCCGCUGAGGAGUCUGUUGAUGAAUCCUUCGAGGAAUCUGUUGAAGAGUCCUCUGAGGAUAUGCACAAGCACGAGGAAUCCGUCGUGGCCGCCACUGAGGAAUCUGUUGAGGCAGCCACUGACGAAAAGUCUGAGGAGCACUCGGAGUACUCAGCAGCGCUCAGAGGAACAGCCUAA